AUGUCAGCUUUGAAAUCAGUUAGAAAAAUCAUCACAAAACUUCCUAAAACAAAUUUGCCAUUGUAAAUAAAAUUAACUGAGGAAGAUAAAAAGUAGCUUGGUUAUUAAAUAGGAUUUGAUCCUGAUAAAGAUCACCAAAGGUAUGGAUGGGUAAUUGACCUAAUGAUCAAUUCUGAGUUACCCCCGGGAGUAGAGAAAGAAAGAGAUUUUGAGGGGAAUCUCGUAUUUUAUAAUAGGAUUGAAAACACUACUACACCUCUGCAUCCUAAUCAUCUUGAAUACAGAAAAAUUCUGAAAAAUACAAUUGCCCAGCAUCAAAAUCAGAAGACUAUUGAUAUAUAAGGAAUGAUUAAUUCAAACAAUUAUCUUGAAAUUCUUGCACUAUCUGAGGAAGAUAAGCACAAAUAUGAAGUAUAGAAAGAAAGGAUCAAAUAGAUAGAGAAAUUUAAGAAAAGAUCACUAGAGGAUAGUUCGCCAAAAAAGAAUAAAAAUGGAAAAUUUAGCACCCCUAUGAAUGAAAUGAGACCACCCAAUAAAUUGAAUCCAGAUUAGGUUCAGAUUAAAAUACUUGAUAAAAAUGCCAAAUAGAGAUUGAGGUCAAUUAAUAAGAAAGAUAGAUUUAGAGAGAAUGGAUAUGAGAUAGCAAAUGAUUAAAUUCAAGAUGAGGUGAUUUUAGAAACUACAGCUUACUAUAUAAAAACAUUUGGCCUUAUAGUUAACAAGAUUAGACACUGGAUGAAUCAAUUUGUUAAUAGUCCAGAUUACAAUAUGGAAUAUGUGGAAAAACUCGCUCAUCAUUACAAAAUCGAUAUUUAGAGAGAGCCUCAUUUGCUGUGGAUCCCUAGAGUGUUAAUAAAUCUUCCGCUUCCACCUAAUUGGAGGAAAAUUAGCGAUGAAAUAUAUCAAAAUACAUUUGAGCCUGAUAUUAUUCUGGAUUUUCAUCCUGCUGAACCUUUCAUCUAAAUUUACCUUAGAAAGGCAAGAAAUUUUUAUAAAAACCACCCAGAUAAAAUCAAAGAUCUCCCAGCUUUAUAGCUUUAUGAUUAAUUAAUGAGGAAACAUAACAUGAAUAGUAGAAUGAUGACUAAGAGAGAAACUAUGGAACAAGUAGAGUUUUUGAAAGAUGACUUGGAGGACAAAGUAAUGAAUUAUAUGGAAAAGGGGUUAACUUAGAGAUCUAAGCAUAUUACUUAUGAUAUUGAAAUAAUGGAGGUAGCUUCAUUGUGUGAAAUUGAUUUAAUAAAAGAAAUCCAUCUACUUAAAGUGAUUGAAGAAGUCUUAAAUGAGAAUAAGUAAAGCGGAUUAAAGUGGGAAUAUCGUGAGGUUAAAGAAAAGUUAAAUGUGGUGAGAUCCUUGAAUGAGAAAUACAAAGAUGAAAUAGAACUCAAUCAUAUCAAUUAGCCUCAGGAUAUCUCCUAAUUAUUUAAGGGUCUAGCUGGCUAAUAACUCUUUUAAACUUGCAAAACUGAACGAUAGAUGGCUAGUGACUAACUGUUCAGAAAUUUAAUGUUUAAAGAAAAUCCUUAGUACUUUGAUGACUAGUUUGAACAAUAAUAGUAGAAUUUAGAGCUUGAUAUGGAUGAAGAAAAUAAUAAUCACUAUCGAUCGCGCCUAAAGGAGAUUCUUGAGAAUACAAUUCAUAAAAAAAUACCAAAAAAUGAGCUUUUUGAUAUUCUUUUCUUUAAUCCAUUCAAAUUGUUGGAUAACGCUAACCUGCUAUCAAAUAUUGAAUUGCCAGAGAAUAUAGACCUUAAUAUUUCAAGAUAAUCUAAUACCUCAAAACAUAGAAAGGAAGACCUUAUGGUAAGGACAAUAUUGGAUAUUAGAAAAUAAGAUUCAUAAAAUAAACAAGAAGAGUCCAUGUCAAAGAAAAGUAAUAAGCAGAAUACAGAGGAAAAGAAUGGAGUUAAAUCCAAAAAAGGAUUAUUUAGAGGAAGAAAAUCAAUCAGAUAAUUAUUUAAAAGCAAUAUGGAUUUUGAUUCGACUCAUCAGAUUGAUAAACUUAAGAGCGAUCCUGAGUUGCAUCAUUAUGCAACUUUAAAUCAGAGCGAAAUAAAUGAUAUAAUGAGUUCUAGAAACGAAUAAAAUAAGGAGAAGAAAAUAGAGCAGUUUAUCUAAAAUAAUAAGGAUAUGGAUCCUAAUUAACUUGAAAAAUUUGUAAAACUAUUCAGACAAACAUAAUUGGCUAGAGAUUUUAUUAAAGUGCUAAGGGGUUAGAAAAAAUAAGACCUUUUAGAUCAUGAUUAAUAACUUCAAGAAUCUUUAACUAAGAAGCAAAAGUAGGUAGAGGAAGAAAAUAUGAAUACCUAUAAAAAUUAUACAGAUCUGCCAAACUUGAAGAAUAUUAUUCUUACUAUGAAUAUGCCUAGAUAAGAAAAUAAUGAAUUGACUCCUUUUGCAAGCAGGUCAUAUUUAAAGCCAUUAGAUUCUUUCGGUUCAUAUCACUAAAGAAGAGAUUCUAGUGCUAUGCUUAAAAAUGGAGAUGCAGACUCCUAAAAUUCUAGAAGAUUUAGUCAUUUAUUUAAAACAAUUGCACCACCUGAUCUUGAUGGUAUUCUAAAUAUGAAGUCUCUUACUAGAACUGAUGUUGAAAAAGAUGAUGAAUGGCAGUUAACAGAAUAUUUUAAGACAAUUAGUCCAUCAAAGUAAUAUGGGAGGAAAGUAACCUUAGAUGAUUUGAAGAAGUAAAACUAAUUCGAAAAUCAAAAUAGUAAUAGCGGAGAAAAUACAAGAAAGUCUGUUUAGAUUCACAUAUCUAGAUUCCCAACAUCCAUUUAGAUUGAUAAUUUUAAUGAUUAAGGCUAAACACUAGAUGAGAAAGGUUAAUAAAACUUAGGAGCUGGAUUGUAAAGUAAAUACUUCUUCUAGUCUAACAAUGAUGACUUGCUAGAUAAGUAAGAUACACUACCAAUAAGAAUGCCAUCAGUCAUUUUUUAAACUUAGGAUGAAAAAAAUUUGAAUUUGAAAUAACUUACAGAAUAAAAAGAAGAAAUUCCAUUGAAACAAUAAAAAAGUAGAAAUCAUAGAACGAGCUCAAGAUAAAUUUGCCUUACACAUAGAGUAUUUUUAGGGGAUGUUGAAGAAAAAAAGCUAUAGUACAAGCAAAAGCUCGGUAUCAAAUUCUAUGAUAAGAUUAAAAAAAUUAGAAAUGAUUAAUUAGAAAAAAUAUUGAGUGAUUCCAAGAAUAAAGAAUUUGAAACUACCAAUUCUUAAACUAUUGUUGUGCCCUAAUUAACUUUAAGCCAUUUUGAAAAAGGCAACCAAACAACUAUCAAUGCUGAUAGAGCAUUCGCUCCUUUGAAAUUUUGCUAGACUAUAGAGAAUUUUAAAAUUAAUCAUGAUGCCUACCUUUCUUUAGGAUAAACUUCGAGAAAGAAUAUACAUGCUCACAAUCAAGAAGGACUAAAUACAAGAGCCAAUACUUCUUAUAAGAGAGUUUUCUCAUAGAAAAAUCUUUAGUAAGCCUGGAUGAUUAAAUAACAAUGCAGCAAAUUCUAGCUCGAAACAUAAGACUUUAAAAGUAAGAUUGACAAAAUUUAAUAUUUUAGACAACUUAAAUUUUUUAAAUUUCAUACUAUCGAGAUAUUCAUUUUUAAGUCCAUAGUCAAGCUAAUUCUAAAUUUCAAGUAUAGAGUCAGAUCCUGA